AUGGCGGCGGAGCCCGCGGAGCUCGGCCGGACGUUCUUCCCGGCCCUCGAGGCGCCGGAGGCGUUCCGCGCGCCCGACCGCGGCGCCGUCGUCUGCGUCCACGUCAAGUCGCGGCAGCUCGCCGCGGGCCUCGGCGGCUACCACGUCGACCACGAGUCCAUCGUUUGCAUCCCCCACGAGCGCCACGCGCUCCUCUUCUACGUCACCCUCCACGACGGUCUCGGCCACCUCAGCUUCUACGUGCCCGUCGUCGACGACGACGACGCCGAGGACGACGCGCCCGCCCCGCCGCCGCGAUCUGAAGUCGCCGCCUAG